AUGCCUCCUAAGGGGAAGAAGGGUAAGAAAGCCCAGGACGACUGGGAAGCGGACCUCGGCGAGUCCGUUGGGUCCACUGCGCCUGAAGCUCAAGCUACAAAAGAUGAGAUACCCGUUGGAGACGACGCUUUCUCUGGUGGUCUUAUGGGUCAGAUGAUGCGCAAGGGAAAGAAGGGCAAAAAAAACAAGCCUCAGCAAGAAAUCGUUGAGGGCGAGGACUCGACAGCAGAUGACGCCAAGGGCCUCGGGUUGGCUGCGAAAACACCAGUGGAGGUGAAUCCAGACGAGGAUGAUGUGUGGUCAGUUCCGGUGAAGAAACCGCAGCAAGAUAAGAAGCCUCAGGUACCAGACGAGGAUGAAGAUGAGGGCGAUGGCACAGGCAGAGUAAAGACCAAGAAGGAGAAGGAGAAGGAGAAGAAAGAGCGUGAAAAACAGCGGAAAAAAGAACAGGCUGCAGCGAAGAAGAAGAGCACACCGGCUCCCGCCGCGAAACCUGAGACAGCGAAACUAGCUCAAGAAGCCAAGAAAGAACCCGCCCCUGCAAGCAAAGAAACCUCUGCUGCCGCCGGUGGUAAAAAGAAGAAGGUGCCAGCAGCUCUCGCAGCUCUACAAAAGCAACAGGAAGAGCUUAGACUUAGGCAAGAGGAGGAAGCUCGCUUAGCUGCCGAAGAGAAGGAGCGCUUAGAACAGCUCGACCGAGAAGCUGAGGAGGAAGCAAAACGGAAGGAAGAAGCGAAGCAAGCCAAGAAGCUAAAGGAGAAGCAAAAGAUUGAGCAAUUGAAGAAAGAGGGCAAAUACAUGACUAAGGCUCAAAAGGAGGCACAGGCCAAAGCUGAACUGCGUCUCAAGCAAUUAGUGGAAAGUGGAAAUGUCAAAGUCGCAGGUCUCGGAGAAGAGGGCACAGACGGAGCAGAUCAAAAGAAGAAGCCCACCUACGAUAGAAAGAGGAAAGGCAAGAAGGGAAUCGAGGACAAGAAAGACGCACAGGCUGAGGAAGAAGAUGCUCGGAAGAAGAUGGAGGAGCUUCGACUCAAGGACGAAGGUGACAAAGCUGCAGCAGAGAAAGCAGCCAAAGAAGCGGUCGAGACAGAGAAAGCAGAAGCCAGUGACGACCAGGGAGAUUGGGAAGACGAAGCUGAGAAAGACGGUAUCAAGGACAGCUGGGAUGCUGACUCUGAAGAAGAGAUUGAGCAGCCAGUAGCGAAUGCAGCUACUACCACCAACGGCAAAUCAGCACUGCCCAGCUCGCAGAGUACAGUGGAGGCCUCAGAUUCCGAAGAAAACUCUGAAGAAGAUUCUGAAGAUGACAGUGAUCCUGAAGAAGAAGCCCAGACGAGUGCCGCAAAGCGUGCGGAGGCUGCUCGCAAGGCCGCUGCCGUCGAGCGAAGACAGAAAGCACGCGAAGAAGCUCUGGCAGCACGUUCAAAAGAGGACCUCCGCUCUCCUAUCUGCUGUAUCCUGGGACAUGUCGAUACUGGUAAGACCAAGCUUUUGGACAAAAUUCGACAAACCAACGUCCAAGAGGGCGAAGCUGGCGGUAUUACACAACAGAUAGGUGCUACAUACUUCCCAGCCGAAGCCUUGAAGAAAAAGACACAAGUUGUCAAUAAAGACAAUACAUUCGAUUUCAGGGUUCCUGGUCUUUUGGUCAUUGACACACCUGGUCACGAGUCUUUUACCAACUUGCGUACCAGAGGGUCUUCUCUCUGCAACAUGGCUAUUCUGGUUAUCGACAUUAUGCACGGUCUCGAGCCACAAACCAUCGAAUCUUUAAACCUCUUGAAAGCUCGCCGAACGCCUUUCAUUGUCGCCCUCAAUAAGAUAGACAGACUCUACGGCUGGAACAAGACGGCUGACAAUGGCUUCCAAGACAGCCUGAGCAAGCAGAAGAAGGAUGUCAAGGCCGAGUUUGCCGAUCGUCUUAACAAGGCUAAGAUUGCUCUUGCUGAACAGGGCCUCAACUCUGAACUCUUCUACGAGAAUAAGUCGCUAUCGAAGUUUGUCUCUAUCGUCCCUACAUCCGCCCAUACUGGUGAAGGUAUUCCAGAUCUACUCAAGCUACUUAUCACUCUUACGCAGGACCGCCUUACCAGCAGCCUAAUGUAUCUCUCUGAGGUUGAGUGCACUGUUUUAGAAGUGAAAGUUAUUGAAGGCCUCGGUACUACUAUCGAUGUUGUUCUUUCCAAUGGUAUUCUGCGGGAAGGUGACCGCAUUGUGCUUUGUGGUAAAGACGCGCCUAUAGCAACGAAUAUUCGAGCCCUGUUGACACCUGCUGAAAUGAAGGAGCUACGAAUAAAAUCGCAAUACGUGCACAACAAAGAGAUCAAGGCUGCCAUGGGUAUCAAAAUUGCUGCCGAUGGACUCGAUGGUGCGAUUGCCGGUUCUCGUCUCCUUGUCGUGGGCCCCGACGACGAUGAAGAUGACCUUAUGGAUGAUGUUUUAGAAGAUCUACGCGGUCUCUCAAAUAACAUUGCCAAGAACAAGCAAGGUGUCUCUGUGCAAGCGUCUACACUUGGAUCCCUCGAGGCUCUACUCGAGUAUCUCCGCGUUGAAAAAGUGCCCGUAGCCAACAUCUCCAUUGGCCCCAUCUUCAAGCGUGAUGUUCUCCCGGCCACAAUUAUGCUGGAAAAGGCGCCCGAAUACGCCAUGAUACUCGCUUUCGAUGUGAAGGUCGACAAGGAAGCACAAGAGUUUGCUGACAAGUAUAAUAUCAAGAUCUUCACAGCUGACAUCAUCUACCAUCUGUUCGACAAUUUCAAGAAGCAUAUGGAUCAGUUUAGGGAAAAGAAGAAGGAAGAAUCGAAGCUACAUGCUGUCUUUCCAUGCAAGUUGAAACCGAUUGCCGUUUUCAACAAAAACAAUCCGAUCGUUAUAGGUGUGGAUGUUGAAUUAGGUAGUUUGCGUCUGCUGACGCCUGUGUCAAUCGUCAAGAUUGAUCCAGCAACCAAAAAAAAGCAAAUCAUUCCAUUGGGUAGGGUCACGUCCAUCCAGCGCGAGCACAAAGACAUUCCCAUCGCCCUUAAGGGAUCUCCAUCCGUUGCCGUCAAGAUCGAAGGACCCAAUCAGCCUAUGUACGGUCGACAUAUCGAGGAGACGGACCCGGUGUACAGUUCCAUUAGUCGGCUGAGUAUCGACACGCUCAAGGAGUUCUACCGCGAUGAGGUCAAGAAGGAAGAAUGGGCUCUACUAAGAGAUUUCAAGCCGCUUUUCGAUAUCUCGUGA